AUGGAGAAAAUACCGAGGACGCACGAAGCUAUCGAAGCUCAGAUAAGAGAAAUACAGUCGAAGAAAAGCGAAUUGCCUGAGAAUGGCUCGAAUAAGGGUGUUUCCCUGGGAGACACCUACUAUGACAGUGAUAUAUAUGAUAAUUCUGGGCACAGCGGGAAGUCGCGGUACGAUGGCUACGUGACGUCCAUCGCAGCCAAUGAUGAAGUUGAAGACGAGGAUGUAGAGAAUGUACCCAUAACUCAGAAGCGAACAGGGGGAUAUACUGCUCCUGCUUCUUUAUUGAAUGAUAUUGCACAGAGUGACAAAAAUUAUGACCCAUUUGCGGACAAGAAGAGGCCCAGCAUUGCAGAUCGGGAGGAUGAGUACCGCCGGAAAAGGCAACGGCUGAUCAUAUCACCUCCUCGUAUGGAUCCUUUCGCCGAAGGUGGCAAAACUCCAGAUGUUGGAUCAAGAACGUACACAGAGAUUAUGAAAGAGCAGUAUCUUCGAGCAGAGGAAACGGAGUUAAGAAAAAAAUUGAUGGAGAAAGCCAGAGAAGGAACAUUAAAGCCAGUGGCCCAAUCAAAUGGAGAGUCCACAAAGCCGAUGUCUAAGCGCAAGGGGCGUUGGGAUCAGAGCUCUGACGACACUCCUGCCAAGAAACUUUCCGUUACACCCAGCUCACAAGCUACACCUUCUUGGGACAAUGAGAGAGGUCCCUGGGAAGAGACACCAGGUGCAGGCGCGCGAGGCGGCGAAACACCCGGUGCGACGCCCUCUGCACGUGUGUGGGACGCAACUCCCGGCCAUAUCACGCCCGGUCAUGCCACACCCGGCCGUGAGACGCCAGCGCAGCACGGCACUUCGAGGCGUAACAGAUGGGACGAAACACCUAAGACUGAUAGAGAAACACCCGGCCACAACAGCGGCUGGGCCGAAACACCGCGCACAGAUCGCGGUACGGGCGUCGACACUAUCCAAGAAACACCAACCCCCGGCACGAAGCGCCGUUCUCGUUGGGACGAAACCCCAGGUGCUACGCCAGCCGCCGCUACGCCUACACCGUCUCAUGCAACACCAUCUCACGCGACUCCCUCUCACGCUACGCCGUCGCAUGCUACACCUACGCCGCACACACCGGUCUUCACUCCGGGAGGCUCUACACCCGUUGGAGUUAAAGCCAUGGCUUUAUCGACUCCGACUCCCGGCCAUGUUGCGGCCAUGACGCCCGAACAGCUGCAAGCCUAUCGUUGGGAAAAAGAGAUAGACGAGCGAAACAGACCUUACACCGAUGAAGAACUUGAUGCCAUGUUCCCACCUGGGUACAAGGUUUUGCCUCCCCCGGCCGGUUAUGUCCCGAUUCGGACGCCGGCUCGUAAGCUGACCGCGACGCCGACCCCGUUGGCUGGUACCCCAAUCGGCUUUUUCAUGCAGACGGAGGAAAUGGGAGGGUCGGCGGCGGCUGCUGCGCGCCUACUCGACCCGCAGCCCAAGGGCAGCCAGCAGCUUCCCUUCAUGAAGCCAGAAGACGCUCAGUACUUCGACAAAUUGCUUAUUGAUGUCGACGAGGACACGCUUUCGCCUGAAGAGCUCAAGGAACGGAAAAUUAUGAAGCUUUUGCUAAAGAUCAAGAACGGUACACCCCCUAUGUGCAAGGCAGCACUUCGUCAGAUCACCGACAAGGCCCGUGAGUUCGGAGCAGGGCCUCUCUUCAACCAGAUUCUGCCGCUGCUCAUGAGCCCUACCUUGGAGGAUCAGGAGCGACAUCUGCUGGUCAAAGUCAUUGACAGGAUUCUGUACAAACUUGACGAUUUGGUUCGGCCGUAUGUACACAAGAUCCUGGUAGUAAUCGAGCCCCUUCUCAUCGAUGAAGAUUAUUACGCGCGUGUGGAAGGCAGAGAGAUCAUCUCCAAUCUCGCCAAGGCGGCCGGUCUCGCCACUAUGAUUUCGACUAUGAGACCUGACAUCGACAAUAUAGAUGAAUAUGUGCGAAAUACUACUGCUAGGGCGUUCGCUGUAGUCGCCUCCGCUUUGGGUAUCCCCUCACUCCUGCCGUUUUUAAAAGCCGUGUGUCGCUCGAAGAAGUCAUGGCAAGCACGUCAUACCGGCAUCAAGAUUGUGCAACAGAUCGCCAUUCUUAUGGGAUGCGCUAUAUUGCCACAUUUGAAGUCGCUUGUCGAAAUUAUUGAACACGGACUAGUAGAUGAGCAACAAAAAGUUCGUACAAUCACAGCUCUAGCGAGCGCCGCUCUGGCUGAAGCGGCUACGCCAUACGGUAUUGAAUCCUUCGACUCUGUACUAAAGCCUCUGUGGAAAGGUAUCCGUACACAUCGCGGCAAAGGUCUAGCCGCCUUCUUAAAGGCCAUUGGAUACCUCAUUCCACUUAUGGACGCUGAGUACGCUAAUUACUAUACCAGAGAAGUGAUGCUUAUUUUGAUCAGAGAGUUCCAGUCCCCUGAUGAGGAAAUGAAGAAGAUUGUAUUGAAGGUAGUGAAGCAGUGCUGUGGCACCGACGGCGUGGAACCCCAGUACAUCAUGGACGAGAUCCUACCACACUUCUUCAAACAUUUCUGGAACCACCGAAUGGCAUUGGACAGGCGUAACUACCGCCAGCUUGUUGAUACUACGGUUGAGAUUGCAAACAAAGUGGGCGCAUCAGAAAUAAUAAACCGCAUCGUUGACGACUUGAAGGACGAUAAUGAACAGUACAGGAAGAUGGUGAUGGAAUCGAUCGAGAAGAUCCUCGCUAACCUCGGUGCAGCAGACAUCGAUUCCAAGCUCGAGGAGGCGCUCAUUGACGGCAUACUUUAUGCAUUCCAAGAACAGACUACGGAGGACGUAGUUAUGCUGAACGGAUUCGGCACGAUCGUGAAUCAGCUAGGCAAGCGCGUGAAGCCGUACCUGCCGCAAAUCUGCGGUAUUAUUUUGUGGCGGAUGAACAACAAAUCCGCUAAGGUGCGCCAGCAGGCCGCGGACUUGAUUUCGCGGAUUGCUGUCGUCAUGAAAACUUGUCAGGAGGAAAAACUCAUGGGACAUCUCGGAGUCGUGCUAUACGAGUACCUCGGAGAAGAAUAUCCCGAAGUUCUGGGAUCGAUCUUGGGCGCUCUCAAAGCAAUUGUCAACGUCAUCGGUAUGACUAAGAUGACACCGCCUAUUAAAGAUCUUUUGCCCAGGCUUACACCGAUUCUUAAGAACAGACACGAGAAAGUACAAGAGAAUUGCAUUGACCUAGUCGGUCGCAUCGCAGAUCGAGGGCCUGAGUUUGUGUCAGCCAGGGAGUGGAUGAGAAUAUGCUUCGAGUUAUUGGAGCUUCUCAAGGCGCACAAAAAGGCCAUCAGACGAGCUACUGUCAAUACUUUCGGCUACAUCGCCAAAGCCAUCGGCCCACACGAUGUUUUGGCAACUUUACUCAAUAACUUGAAAGUACAAGAACGACAAAACAGAGUAUGUACAACAGUCGCCAUUGCCAUAGUAGCGGAAACGUGUUCCCCGUUCACAGUCCUUCCGGCUCUGAUGAACGAGUACAGAGUACCAGAAUUAAACGUGCAAAAUGGUGUACUGAAAUCACUGUCGUUCUUGUUCGAGUACAUCGGCGAAAUGGGCAAGGACUAUAUUUACGCUGUAUGUCCGUUGCUUGAAGAUGCCCUUAUGGACAGAGAUCUAGUGCACCGGCAAACGGCGUGCGCAGCGAUAAAACACAUGGCUCUCGGCGUGUUCGGGUUCGGUUGCGAAGACGCGCUGGUGCACUUAUUGAACCACGUGUGGCCCAAUAUAUUUGAGACUUCGCCGCAUCUUGUACAAGCGUUUAUGGACGCCGUUGAAGGCAUGCGAGUCGCACUCGGUCCUAUCAAGAUACUGCAGUAUGCUUUACAGGGUCUAUUCCAUCCAGCUCGUAAAGUUCGCGAUGUGUACUGGAAAAUCUACAACACCCUUUACAUUGGCGGGCAAGACGCGCUCGUGGCCGGUUACCCGCGGUUACAAAACGACCCUAACAACCACUAUGUUAGAUAUGAGCUAGAUUAUAUGUUGUAAUUUUAUUAUGUACUAUCAAUAUUAAAUUAGAGCGUGGUACGACGGAUUCGUUUCAUUUCUGUCGUUUUGUCUUUGCCAGGUUUGUAUAUCUUGAAAGAACUCC